AUGCUGGGGCCGGCCGGCCUGCCUCCCUCCUCAGCCCGCGGCGCGGCUCUCCGGCUUCCCGCUCAGGCCGGGCACGGCGGCGGCGGCGGCGGCGGCUCCUCCUCCAUCGGCCAGGCAGGGGCGGCGUCUCCCGCUCGGCCCCGCCGCCACUGCCGCCCUGCGCCCGCCCCUUCGCCACGGCCGCGGCCUACCAGCUCCCGCGAGACCGCCCAGGGCUGCCGCGGCCUACUUUCGCCACGGCGGCGGAGGGGCGCCCGGCCUGGAAGUGGAGGCCAGGCCGGCACUGCCCCUCAGCGCCGGGCAGGGGUAGUGACGGAGGCGCAGGUUUCUAGGCCCGAGCCUGGCAGCUGGGCAACGAGGAGGAGGAGGAGGAGGAGGAGGACCCCGUCCCCGGCCGGGCCUUGCGGAGCCGGCGUCCGGACGAGUCGGAGUCCCUCAGGGCGGCCUCCCACUUGGCCCUCGGGGCUGGCCCCUGAAGCCGGGCUGAUGAUUUGGAAGGAGGGCGGCAGACCCUCUGGCCCCUUCCGCACAUCAUCAUCAUCAUCAUCAUCAUCAUCAUCAUCAUCCUCCUCCUCUGUUAGAUGUAAUGAGCCGCCCACCCUCGAAGGGCUCUGGGCCGCGUACAACAAAACAAUAAAUUAUACAUUGAAAAUACAUUGUGAAUUGUACAUUGAAAAACCCUUACCUGCCUUAACAGCCGUGAAGUUUAACGAGGCCAGUUAAUUAUCUGGAUUCUGGCUAGCUGUUAUCAUUGUAUUUAGAUUAUAUUGCCAUGCCAUUCUAACUUGUGUAUAUAUAUAUUACUCCAAUGGGAGAAUGUGUAGUCGUGCCCGCGAAGUCAGCGCAAGAACGAGACGAGACGCGGAGAUAUC